AUGUCAAUUAUAGAAAAAGUGGGCAUAUUUGUGUAUGUCCUUGCACAUGGUGCCACAAAUAGAUUAACUCAAGAACGUUUUCAACACUCUGGCAAAACAGUGAGUCAAGUAUUCAAAGAAGUUUUAUAUGCUAUGGAUGGAAUAUCAAGGGAUAUACUUAUACCUAGAGAUCCUAAUUUUAAGGAGGUGCCACGACAAUUAGAAAAUGAUGCUAGAUACCUGCCAUAUUUCAAGGAUUGUAUUGGAGCUAUGGAUGGUACACAUAUAUCAAUAAUUGUUCCAGAAGAAGACCAAUUGCGUUAUAGAGGAAGAAAAGGCAUACCAACUACAAACGUUUUAGCUGUAUGUGACGUUGAUUUGUUGUUUACGUGCGUGUUAACGGGAUGGGAAGGUUCAGCUCAUGAUUCACGAAUAUUUCUUGAUACAAUUGGUAAAUAUUAUGUUGUUGACAAAAGCUAUCCGAAAAGAAUGGGGUAUUUGACUCCUUACCCUAAGACGAGACGAAUUAGCGUUGGUGAUCCAGCUUUUAGACUCGUCGAUAAAGAUCCUAACUUUGUACCUCCCGAGGGAGUUGAGGAUAUUGAAACUAAUGUCCCUCAAUGUGUUCAAGAAUCAUCAACUAGGGAGAUGACAAUUGUGAAAAACAUGGAUCUUGCUGAGGGUCCUUUGCAGUAG